CGACGCAUCAGAAACAGACGGGUAAAUCUACCUCAAGUCUUACUGAGCUUCUCUCGCUUCAUUGCAGUGAUGUCAGCAAGUAGUUCAUACCGGGCCUGCGGGGUGUUCCAGUAACCGUCAGUCCCGCAAUCAAGCCCAGUGCGGCUGACCGAGGAUGUGCCAUUGGGCGGAACCUCAACAACGGAACCAGGGUACCCACCCGAUUCGCUUAAAAAGGGACAAAAUUUCCACGAGAUUCAAACUUUCUUUCUCUCCCAUCCACUCUUCCGUGGCUCGCGCAACUGUUUCUACUCUCAUCAAUGUCUGAAACGCCAUACACUAUAGCCGUUCCAGACGAGGCCCUGGCCAUUCUGCACCAAAAGCUCAAAGCUACGAGACUCCCGGACGAGCUUGAUGAGGCGGCCUGGGACUACGGCGUUCCACUGGCGAACAUCAAACGGCUCGUCGCCCGGUGGCGCGACGGCUACGACUGGCGCACGCACGAGGCCGCACUGAACGCGGAACUGCCCCAAUUCACGCGCGACAUCACGGUAGACGGGCACGGGACGCUCAACAUCCACUACAUCCAUCAAAGGAGCGUAGUGCAGGGCGCGAUCCCGCUGUUGUUCGUGCACGGAUGGCCGGGCAGCUUCUUCGAGGCGAGGAAGAUAGUGCCGUUACUUGUCGCGCGUUCGAGCGAACAUCCGAGUUUCCACGUUGUUGCAAUCAGUCUAGCUGGGUACGGGUUCUCCGAGGCCCCUAGAAAAAAAGGAUUCGCAAUCGCGCAGCAGGCUGAGGCAAAGGUUGGCCACAAAAUCAUGCUUGCACUGGGCUACAACGAAUACGUCACACAAGGAGGCGACUGGGGCUACCUUAUUACCCGCCGCAUCGCCAAGCGCUAUGGCCACCAGCACAAUAAAGCUUGGCACACCAACUUCCCCUUGGGCCGUCCACCGACGCUUUACUAUGAGCCGCUUUCAUGGCUGGCUUUGUGCUUGAAAGGACUGACACAGGAGGAAAAGGCUGGCCUUGCGGAGACGGAAUGGUUCAACGGCCGUGGACGAGGCUAUUUCGCCCAGCAAUCUACGCGACCUCAAACCGUGGGCUACGCGUUGGCCGACUCCCCCGUCGGACUGCUGGCCUGGAUAUACGAGAAGCUGGUAGAAUGGACGGACCAAUACCCUUGGGAUGACGAUGAAGUCCUGACCUGGAUAUCUAUCUACUGGUUCUCCCGUGCCGGGCCCACUGCGGCCGGACGCCUCUACUACGAGUUUGCAGAGGGCCGGUCAGAUGUGACGAAGGACAUCUAUGGACCCGCAGAUUACCCGACCAUUCCGAUGGGUAUGUCUCAUUUUCCCGGCGAAAAGGGCAUUGUUCCAGUCAGCUGGACCAAUGCCACCGGAAACAUUGUUUACCGGAACAAACACGGGCGUGGAGGCCACUUUGCCGCAUAUGAAGCCCCGGAUUCGCUUGUCCAUGAUUUGCGUGCGAUGUACAAAAAGGGCGGCCCUGUAUUUGACGUGGUCAAAGGACACAGCGGCUAUGACUGAGGGCAGUGGGAUCUGUCAUGAAUGCACUUGGUCAAUCCGCGAUGAAUACUGGCAACCGCGGUACAUGAGAAUGUCAAGUGGCAGGAGUG